CUGUCCCUGUGCGGGGGGAGGCCCGUCAUGGUGCACAGGGUAGCAGUGAUCGGAGCCGGCCCCUCGGGUCUCUCCAGCGUGAAGGCCUGUCUGGACGAGGGCCUGCUGCCCACCUGCUUCGAAAGCAGCGAUGACCUGGGCGGGCUGUGGAGGUUCAAGGAAGUGUCCGAGCCCAACCGCGCCAACAUCUACCGAUCCCUCACCAUCAACACCUCCAAGGAGAUGAUCUGCUUCAGCGACUUCCCCAUCCCAGCAGACUACCCCAACUACAUGCACCACUCCAAGAUCCUCAGCUACUUCAAGAUGUACGCAGAGCACUUCCACCUGCUGCAGCACAUCCGCUUCCAGACCUCGGUGAAGACGAUCAAAGAGAGGCCCGACUUCAGCCGCUCCGGGCAGUGGGAGGUGGUGACGGAGGGGGGGGGCGGGCAGCAGGAGAAGCACGUCUUCGAUGCGGUCAUCUGCUGCUCGGGUCACUACACCUACCCCAACCUGCCACUCAAAGACUUCCCAGGUGAGCUCUUCCAGCUGCUGCCCGCCAACAUCAUGAACUGGCUGGGCGAGAAGAAGGUCAACGCCAUGUACGACCACACCAUGUACGCCCUGAAGCCCAAACACAGACUCUUCAGUCAGAUCCCAGUGAUCAACGAUGAUCUGCCCUUCAGGAUCCUGUCCGGCUCGGUCAUCCUCAAACCCAACGUGAAGGAGAUCCGUGCCUCCUCCGUGCUGUUUGACGAUGGCAGCGCCGUGGAGGACGUGGACACCAUCGUGUUCGCCACGGGUUACAACUACGAUUUCCCUUACAUGCCGAGCAGCGCCGUGUACCGGUCCGGCCAUCGCGUGGGUCUGUACAAGCACAUCUUCCCCCCCAACCUGGAGCAUCCCACCCUGGCUGUGGUGGGCUUCAUCCACGCCCUGGGAGCCAUCAUGCCUCAGGCGGAGAUUCAGGCUCGCUGGGUUGCACGCGUCUUCAAAGGUGAGGCGAAGUUUAUCCUCCACCUCCAGCUAACGUCAAACUCUGGGCGUGUCCACAGCUACAUCGUGUCCAAGCUGGCGCCACUGCACGUGGACUUUGUGUCCUACAUGGACGAGGUAGCCGCAGAGGUCGGGGCGCGGCCAAGUCUGCUGUGGCUGUUCUUCACGGACUACCAGCUGUUCAAGAGGAUCCUGUGGGGACCCGUGUCCGCCUACCAGUACCGCCUGGUGGGCCCGGGGAAGUGGGCCGGAGCCCGCCGGGCGAUCUUCACCCAGUUCGACCGCAUGUUCAAGCCGUUGAAAACGAGAGAGCUGGAGGUGGAGCAGGCCUCCGUGUCCAGCCGCCUGAUGAAGCUGAGCCUCACUGCCGUGGCUGGAGCGGCGGCCGUCUACUACGUCCACGUGCGUGACCCCACCCUGCUGUCUAAGCUCCGCCCACAAACAGCCUGACCGGACGAAGACAAUCCAUGACCUUGAAAUCCAAGUGGCUAAAUUGAGCAAUCAUUAGUUUAGUUAUAUACAUUUGAACAUUUCAUUCUGUGACUCUCAUGGUCUGGGGUCCAAUCCCAGUCCCCCCCCCCCAAACCCCCAAAUCCCCAAGGACUCCCUCUAACUCCCCAAGGAGUUUACCCAUAAGUCAUUGCAAUGUGGAAUGUGAGGCUUUUGUUUCAUUUAAAAUUAAAAAUGGUAUAUUUUAAUAUUGAGCACCAGAUAUAUAUAAUCAGUCAUAAAAUAAUUAACAAAAUAUCUCAAUGGAUCAGAUCAGAGUUGUUAUACAGUCCAACAUCUUUUUAAAGCAGAUGAAGCAGCUGCAGUUUGUGGUGCUGCUGAACUUAAAUCUUGGUGUAAAUCUAAUUUGUAUUCAUAUUGGACAAAACAUUACUAAGCAUUUAAUUCAGGGCUUUUGUAUUACAUCACACUGCAUUAGCUUUAUCAUUUUAGGAGGAGGAGGUUGGAUACAGUAACAAAUAAUAAACAGUUAAUAUCUUAACACAUUCCACACACAUCUACUGUUUGUC